CGAAGACAUUGAAUGUUCAGAUGGCGAGUUUGAACUGAUGCUUGUUGGUAAGCUGUAACAAUAGGUGUGGCAUGAAUCUGCGAAUGAGCGCUGAGAAGGCAAGCGCACGAGACGUCUGCUGUGUGCAUUCAAAUGUAGGGUUACAUAUCUCCAUGUAGCAGUCGAAUUUCCAACGGGAUUUCGGGAAAGCGACUCGGGCACAAUAUCUUACAUUCGGGCCGAACAUCGUUGUCCCCGAUGGGAUGUUGUUGUUCCUCGAGGUAUUGCUGUUGAUGGUAGUGGUGAGGUCAUGGAUCAUCAGUGUGGAAGGCGCGACUCGCGACUCUGAUUUUUGAGAACUACGACUUGUCACCACCACAUCAACCCACAAUGGCGUCCAACUACACCUGCACAACCUGCUCGCGAGCACUGUUCAAGUCAUCCGCUUCUAUACUUCAGCCUGCGAACAGAACAUCCCUCCGCAAAGCACAGCGAACCUUUUCCACGACUACACCAAGCCUGUACCAUGCAACACGCAAGCUUGCCGCCGAACCCAGGCCCGAAUCAAUCAAGAAACCUUCUCCCGCCGUAAAAUCGUCUAUAACAGGCUUGGCGCAAAAGCUGCGCGAGAAGGCUCCAUUGAUGAUUGAGCCGUACGUCGCAUAUGGUGCAACGCGCGACCUCGUAAAGGAAUGUUCAAGGCCGGGUGACUACAAGAUACCGCAGGCGUUGUUGAAGAAGGGCGAGAUACCCGUUGACGACAAUGGCGUGCAUCUGGGCGAGGGCGAGGGGUGGUGGUACGACACACUCGGCUUGACACCUACUUUCUCCAAUUGGACGCAGAUCACCUUCAUUCACAUGUACAUGCUUCAAGUGCGCUUCCGCAUGUUCCCCGAGUCACACGCCAGCGUCUGGAUUCAGCACCUCACCAACCAAGCCUUCUACGCCGCCGAGGACCGUCUCGUCAUCUGGCACAAGUUCCACGCCAACACGCUUCGCCAAAAGCACUUGAAGGACAUGUUCUCGCAAUGGCGCGCCGUGCUUCUGUCGUAUGACGAGGGACUAGUCAAGGGCGAUGCUAUGAUGGCCGCUGCGAUCUGGAGGAACUUGCUUGGGUCUAGGGAGGAUGUGGAUUUCCAGCAACUGGCGCAGAUUGUGGGGUAUAUGAGGAGAGAGAUGAAGAGACUGGAUAUGGCAUCUGACGAUGAGGUUGCGAAUGGGGAGUGGAAGUUCCGCGGCGACCCCGGAGAAGAGGCGAGCAUCGUCAAAGCGCCCAGCAGACUGAUGGCCAGCGAGGGUGCCAAGGCAUGAUGUGGAGGGACAUCUGUAUUCUAUUG